AUGAUAUUUUUUUAUUUGAUUGGAAUUGUAUAAGGGCUUAUUCCCGAUAACUGCAAAUGGACAGAUCCAGACGGGUUUCAUUUUGAUAUCAAUCAUCUGAAAAAGAAAGACAAUUAUAAAGUGACUUCAUUUAGUGGGGCAAUGUCAUUCGAAUUUAAUUUUUGUACAUAUGGUGUUUAAUGCAAUCACAGAGAGGUAAAGAAUGUUGAGUAUUAAGGGUUGCUGCGUUUUAAUUAUUUCAUAAUAAAUGCUACACAAUAGGCUUAAGAUCUGAAUCAGAUAUUUGGUAUGAUAGUUUUGGUUUAAAUCUAAAAUAUAAAAAUGGUAUGGAAAACCUUACAAUACUCUGUUUAGUUUUAGAUAUAAUGCGGAGAUGAAACACCAUUUAAAUAAAUAAUGACAGAUUCCCCAUGCAAUAUUAUGCUUUAGACAACGCAUCCUAUGGCAUGCAGAAAAAAAGAGAGUUACUUCAAUUAUUACGUGUUUUUGAUUGUUUUAAUAGUUGCUGGUUUAUUCCUAAUGAAGAGAAAGAAAAAGCAAGAACAAGGAUAUGUGUUAGUUUGA